CAACAGCCGCCUCUGAACUCGCUGGCUCCAUCCACAAGUCUCACCCCGUUUGCAUCUCAGAUCCGUGUUUCUCCUCGGGCAUUGCAAGGCUUCACGGGGCGGCAUCUCCGGGGUUGCACUUGCUGCUUUUCCAUCUCUUUCCCGACUGCUUUGCUGCCCGCUUUACCCGCAAGCGCUUGCAGUGGAUGAACUUGAAGUCCUCCUCGGCUUUCCGCUCGGAGCGCAGCUUCCAUCAGAGCCCGUCCCGCCCCAUGGAGCUUUUCGGGACCUUCGUGCGGCCGCGCGCGGAGCCGCUGGGCUUCCCAGCUCGGUCCGGCACCACCGGCAACAUUAAGACCUUGGGCAACACCUACCAGUUCACGGUGGAUGUCAGCGACUUCGCCCCCGAGGACAUCAUCGUCACCACCUCCAACAACCAGAUCGAGGUGCACGCCGAGAAGCUGGCCGGGGAUGGCACCGUCAUGAACACCUUCACCCACAAGUGCCAGCUGCCCGACGACGUGGACCCCACGUCCGUGUCCUCCUCGCUGGCGGACGACGGCACGCUGACCAUCCGGGCCCGGCGGCAGCCCGCCAAGCACACCGAGCACGUCCAGCAGACCUUCCGGACUGAGAUCAAAAUCUGAGCGGCCGGCACGCCGCGCCGGCGGGGGGAUUUCAGGCAUGCGAACGGGGCGGAUCCUGCCAGAAAGGCUUAACUGCUCCGAGCUGCCCCGGCCUUGGAUCUCUCCCGAUGUAGAUGCAGAAGCACGGCCGUCCCUCGUAGGUGAUGUUUGGGUAGCGUUUGUGCUGACAUAUUUAGUUGCGUGAGCUCAGGGCUGUGGCAGGGGGAUGUCCCGGGACGGGAUCGCACCUCAACUCUUGCUCGCCAGGCAGGCUGCUCCGGGAGGCAUGGCAGCGUCCCACCUCCGAUGCCUGCGGCCGCCCUUAGGAGCACAAACCUCCUCCUCGGGGUAAAACCCACAGGAAUCGGUGCGUAACUCCUUGGAUGCGACGCCUGCUUGCAGGCGGACAUCCUUCGCAUGGAGGGAAGAGCCGCAGAUGCUUCCUGCUCCGCGCUAAACGCUGGAGGCUGGAGGGGAGCCCUGGCUCAGGAUGCCCUGAUCUUUGGGCUCGUGACACUAGGCAGAGUCUUUGCCACAGCUUAGGAAGACCUUAGAGGCAGCAGGGCCCACGGGAUCUCCAGCUGCGGCUGCGCGAGGAGAGUGUGGGAGCAGUUUGGCCCUGGAUAUGGGCUGCAGGGAGCAAGGCUGGGGCGCGAGCCCUUCCCCAAGCCUCCGCCGGAGCUUGUCUGUGUAUAUACAGCUUGUACGUGGGGUGGUAUAAAUCACGGAGAACAUCUCCACUUGGC